AUGAUUAAUAAAAUAAUUGACUAAUAGCAUAAUAAUGAACCUCGAUAAACUAGGAGUCUGACUAAGGGAUUUUCAUAGUCAAAACGAAAUAGAGAGAGCGAACUCCUUUAUUUGAGCAAAGUGAAUGCAUUUAGUCAAUUGAAAAAUUAUUAAAUUGAUUACAUUUGUAGGUCAAUCAGAAGUGUAGAAUUUACAAGGGGUCAUUUAAUUUUCUAGGAAGGAUAAAAAUGCGAUGCGAUUUAUGUAAUCAAAUAAGGGGAAAUAGAAAUAUUUAAAAAAGAACCCAUCAAUCAACAAAUUGAAUAACAUUUCUAAUUGAAUAAAAAAAAGUUCGUUCAUCAAAUGAUCAAAGUUCUUGGAGAAUCAACUGCCUUUGGAGUAGGAGACAUCGGAGCUGGAAUCUAUUCCAUAAAUGCCAGAGUGAGUUCGCAUUUUGCUGAGUUAUAUAUGAUAAAGGUGUAGGACUAUAAGCGUAUCCUUGAUAUGGAACCAUAAAUUAAGUUGCAACAAUAGGAAUCCGAAAAUAUGGACAACCUUGAAGUCAUAACCAAAUAUUAAUUGCCCUCUCUCUAUGAUUCUGUUAAGACCUCUCAAGCUCAGAAACAAGAGAUUUAAUAUCUCAGAAAAGUAAGGAAGGGUAUAACAUACCUCAUCCCAUAAUCUCAACGAACAGAUAUUAUGAAGAACUCUCACAUUGAUUAAUCUCUAGAAGAGAUCUAUAAAAAGUCUGUAAUCUUGCAUCAGAAAAUGCUUCCCAACUAUCAACAAGUCGAUUUAGAUAAUCCUCUCAUCUAAGGUUAAGAAGUCAUCAAUGAUCGCUUAUUGUUGAAUAAAAUAAUUCAGAAAGAAUAUACCAUCAAAAUUCCAAAAGAAUCACCUAAAACUAAUAAAUUGAUGCAACAAAGCUUUGUUUCAUCAUAGAAUAGUCCAAUGAGCAGGAAACUUCAAUUAAUAUUUCAAAAGGAUAAAAAAUUGAAAUAAAAUUCAUCAAUAUAUGAAGUGACACAUCGAGAAAAAAUCAAGAUUAUACAAGAUUCAUCACCUCAUUCUAGUUCAUUUCGAUCUGCAAAAUUUGAUACUGGUAGAUCCACAUUUCAUGCGACUCCCUUAUUUGAUUAACAUGAUCCAAUUAGAUUAAAGUAAUUCAUACCAACUGAGCUCUUCCCAAUCUAUUGUCAUUUAAUCAAGCCAGAUAAUUAAGAAAUAAGUUGA